GUCGGAAUCUCAUUAAAAAUGGCGCCGAGUAGACGGGAUUUACAGCUUACUCCGGUCACCGGAGAAUCUUCUUCAGAGAUCGGUGAUAUGGAAGAAGUUCGUCUUCUCGAUUCGUAUUACGACGAAGAGAACACGGAUGAUAUUUUGAGUAAGAUAGAAGAAGGAGGAGGAGGAGGAGAUGAUUCCGGUUUAAGGAAGAUUCAGGUCGGAAUCACCGGUAUGACUUGUGCUGCUUGUUCUAAUUCCGUUGAAGGAGCUUUGAUGAACGUUAAUGGCGUCUUCAAAGCCUCUGUUGCUUUGUUACAAAAUAGAGCCGAUGUCGUCUUCGAUCCAAAUUUAGUCAAGGAAGAGGAUAUUAAAGAAGCUAUAGAAGAUGCUGGAUUUGAGGCUGAGAUUUUGGCUGAGGUUGUUGCUACUGGGACUACUUUGGUGGGUCAAUUUACAAUUGGAGGUAUGACUUGUGCAGCUUGUGUUAACUCUGUUGAAGGAAUUCUAAGAGAUCUUCCUGGAGUUAAAAGAGCUGUAGUAGCUUUGUCUACAUCAUUAGGAGAAGUUGAGUAUGAUCCAAAUGUUAUUAACAAAGAUGAUAUUGUUACUGCGAUUGAAGAUGCUGGGUUUGAAGGUUCGCUUGUGCAGAGUAAUCAGCAGGAUAAGCUUGUUUUAAGGGUUGAUGGGAUUAUGAAUGAGCUUGAUGCUCAGGUUUUGGAAGGUAUACUUACGAGAUUGAAUGGGGUUAGGCAGUUUCGUCUUGACAGGAUAUCGGGAGAGCUUGAGGUUGUGUUUGAUCCGGAAGUUGUUAGUUCGAGAUCUUUGGUUGAUGGGAUUGAAGGAGAUGGAUAUGGGAAGUUUAAGUUGCGUGUUAUGAGCCCUUAUGAAAGGUUGACUUCGAAAGAUACUGGAGAGGCCUCGAAUAUGUUUCGACGUUUUAUCUCUAGUCUUGUUCUCAGUAUUCCUCUCUUCUUCAUCCAAGUAAUCUGCCCCCACAUUGCUCUUUUUGAUGCCUUACUGGUAUGGAGAUGUGGACCCUUCAUGAUGGGUGAUUGGUUGAAAUGGGCCUUGGUAAGUGUGAUUCAGUUUGUUAUCGGCAAGCGGUUCUAUGUUGCAGCAUGGAGAGCUCUACGAAAUGGUUCAACUAACAUGGAUGUGCUAGUCGCUCUGGGCACGUCUGCGUCUUACUUCUACUCUGUCGGGGCUCUUUUAUAUGGAGCAGUCACUGGCUUUUGGUCUCCAACAUACUUUGAUGCUAGCGCCAUGCUGAUAACAUUUGUCUUGCUGGGAAAAUAUUUGGAAUCCCUUGCAAAGGGAAAAACCUCAGAUGCUAUGAAGAAACUAGUACAGCUUACGCCAGCAACAGCAAUUUUACUAAUCGAAGGCAAAGGAGGAAAGCUUGUAGGGGAAAGAGAGAUAGAUGCAUUAUUGAUUCAGCCUGGUGAUACAUUAAAAGUUCAUCCCGGUGCAAAGAUCCCUGCAGAUGGUGUUGUGGUAUGGGGUUCAAGUUACGUCAAUGAAAGUAUGGUGACUGGUGAAUCAGUUCCUGUAUCAAAAGAGGUUGAUUCACCAGUAAUCGGGGGUACUAUUAAUAUGCAUGGUGCUCUUCACAUGAAAGCUACAAAAGUGGGAUCUGAUGCAGUUCUGAGCCAGAUUAUUAGUUUGGUCGAGACGGCCCAAAUGUCUAAAGCUCCUAUUCAGAAAUUUGCGGAUUAUGUUGCAAGUAUUUUUGUUCCGGUAGUGAUUACUUUGGCAUUGUUCACCUUAAUAGGCUGGUCAAUUGGUGGAGCUGUUGGAGCUUACCCAGACGAAUGGCUGCCGGAAAACGGGACUCACUUUGUUUUCUCGCUUAUGUUCUCAAUAUCGGUUGUGGUAAUUGCUUGUCCUUGUGCACUCGGAUUGGCAACCCCGACCGCUGUUAUGGUGGCAACAGGAGUUGGAGCAACCAAUGGUGUAUUAAUCAAAGGAGGUGAUGCAUUGGAGAAAGCUCACAAAGUGAAGUAUGUAAUAUUUGACAAAACAGGCACCUUAACUCAAGGAAAAGCUACUGUGACAACCACAAAAGUUUUCUCAGAGAUGGACCGUGGAGAAUUCCUCACACUUGUUGCGUCUGCUGAGGCUAGCAGUGAACACCCAUUGGCAAAAGCUAUAGUUGCGUACGCUCGGCAUUUCCACUUCUUCGAUGAAUCCACUGAAGAUGGCGAAACAAAUAACAAAGAUUUGCAAAACUCUGGAUGGUUACUUAAUACCUCGGAUUUCUCUGCUCUUCCCGGAAAAGGAAUUCAGUGCUUAGUCAAUGAGAAGAUGAUUCUGGUGGGAAACCGUAAACUUAUGUCAGAAAAUACCAUAACCAUCCCAGACCAUGUCGAGAAAUUUGUGGAAGAUCUUGAAGAAAGCGGAAAGACGGGAGUCAUCGUAGCCUAUAAUGGGAAAUUAGUCGGUGUAAUGGGAAUCGCGGAUCCUCUAAAGCGAGAAGCCGCUGUGGUUGUGGAAGGUCUCCUUAGAAUGGGUGUUCAACCCAUAAUGGUUACAGGUGACAACUGGAGAACAGCAAGAGCAGUCGCCAAAGAGGUUGGUAUCAAAGAUGUGAGAGCGGAAGUAAUGCCGGCAGGAAAAGCUGAUGUUAUCCGUUCACUGCAAAAAGACGGAAGCACAGUAGCAAUGGUAGGAGACGGAAUAAAUGACUCUCCCGCUCUAGCCGCUGCCGACGUGGGAAUGGCAAUUGGUGCAGGAACAGAUGUAGCAAUAGAAGCAGCAGAUUACGUUCUGAUGAGAAACAACUUAGAAGACGUUAUAACAGCCAUCGAUCUCUCCCGCAAAACCCUAACACGAAUCCGAUUAAAUUACGUAUUCGCAAUGGCCUACAAUGUAGUGUCAAUCCCUAUAGCAGCAGGAGUGUUCUUCCCGGUUCUGCGGGUGCAAUUACCGCCUUGGGCAGCCGGAGCAUGUAUGGCACUCUCUUCGGUUAGUGUUGUUUGCUCUUCUUUGCUUCUUAGAAGAUACAAGAAGCCAAGACUUACCACUAUUUUGGAAAUCACCACGGAGUAAAAAAGUCCCUUUUUCUUACAUUGGAGUGACUUGACUACUUUUGUUUUGAAAAUAAUUUGUAUUUACUUCUUUUUUUUUGCUGUUGUUUGUUGUUGUAAUCAUGUAACAACGAUAUUGGUCUUGAGAGGUUUCUUUUUUUCUGUAAGAAAAUGUGUCCUCUCGGCCUUUGUUGUAAAAAAAAAAAUGGUUUCGAUGCUUGUGCUCGAUUAUUAAUGUAAAAUGGUGAAAGUAGUGAAUUUUUCUAAUGUGAUUAUAAAAUGAUAUUUUUAUC